AUGAAUUCACCAUUAUCAUCCGUUCAAGAUUCCAAUCUUAACAUUCAAUCAUCAGCCACCUCUGAGCAGUACGAUAACUUCGACGUACAAGCAGUCUCCGUACAUACUGAUACACAAAGCGAACCCCAUCGAGGCUCUUCCCCGUUUGUAUCAGCUAUCAACGACUCUGCGCUUUCCGAUCAGGAGAACCGCUCUCCUUCAAAGUCACGACACUCUAGAAUUCUUUCAGGAGCGACUCUGUCACCGCUUAGAAUUCUUACCGACCAGCAAGAGGGGAGGGACGGAAGACCGACUGAUAGAACCCACGGUCCCCGUAGCCCUCGAAAGGUGUCUCCCGAGAAACGGUUUCCUGUUAAAAUCAGUAACUCCCUCGACUCACCACGCACCUCCCGCAAGAACACGAUGAGCUUGGAGGACGCCGUUCAACAGAACGAGGGUCUCAAGCAAGCAAUUGAUAUCUUUGAAGACGAACAAAGUGUGCUGGAAGACGGCCGAGACGCCAUGGACGUUUCUGCUGGCACCAUCAACAUGAACCCUGAAGGGGAGAUGGAGGUCGACGAGUCCCUAUUUCCAGACGAAUCGAUGGUCAGCACAUUUAGCACAUUCUCAGCGGUUCCAAAUCUGACCAUGUUUGCCAAACUGGGCCAGAGCCCUACCAAGCUGUCCGACAUGGGCGGUCUCACCCCUCGAGCCAAAACAAAGGCCGAUCCUUCACCAUCAAGAGCGCCACAAGCCAGAGCAGGACACGACUCAGGAAAUACAACAAGCCUGUUGGACUUUACAGAGCAGCUCCGCUUCCCUCAAAAGACACCAUCAAGGGGUGCUCUGUCUCCGUCCCGAACUGCUCCCAACGUGGCCGCAACUCCUUCUCGUGGCUUUUCCAACCUCAUUGACUUUGAUAUCCCUCCUAUGCCCACACCCCGCAGCAUCCCUAGCAUUACUGCCCGGGAACUUGAAUCCCUCAAGUCAAACUUCUUGUCUGAGAUCAGCUCACUCAAGGCUUCGUUGAGUGGAAAAGAGGCCGAGGUGCAAUCACUCAAGGCUGCGGUUGGUGAUGCAGAGAAGCGUGUGGGUGAGUCUCAGGAGCAGCUUCGCGAGGAACAGACCAUCAAGGAGCAGCUCACAGCUGAGAAGGAUGGAUGGGAAAACCGCGGGCGUGAGAUGGAGAGCGUAUUGCGCAAAGUCAGAGAAGAGAUCGUGGAGAGCCAAAGGGAGCAGGAAGAGCUAGAGCAGAAGCUAGAGGAGAGUGAGAAAAGGCGCGAAGCAGCCGAGAUGUUGCACCAGGAAGCGGAGAGCAAGAUCGCUGGGAUGCGCGCUGGAAAGGACACAGAGAAGUCAUCACCUGAAAAGCCCAAGAACACACCAGACGUCAACCACGAAGUCGAGAUCGCUGUUGAGCGUGUGGCUAGGGAGCUCCACGCGCUGUACAAGAGCAAACACGAGUCCAAGGUCACUGCUCUGAAGAAGUCAUACGAAACCCGAUGGGAGAAGCGUGUGCAAGGGCUCCAAAACAAGAUGGAGGAGCUUACCGAGGAGAACGAGCGUCUACGGGCCAGCCAGGAGGAUGUCAACAUGACCAAGAUCGACAGUGCUGAAGCCGAAGAACGCAAGGCACAAGCAGUGCGGGACAGUGCAGCAAUCAAGGAGCUCAAUGCCGACAUCCAACGGCUUGAGGCCGUUGUACACACGGUACAGCUUGACAACGAGUCGCUUCGCAGCAUGCUUGAGCGGGAACGUGUGGAGAAGGGCGAGCUUGUGCAGCUCGCAGAGGAGAUGAUGAGUAUGCAGAGUUUUGUUGCUCAAACACCCAAGCGUGAGCCUCAGCAACAACUACAACGCCCUCAAUCCGUGUCCCGCCAGCCAUACGAGAAGCAGCAUGAAAGAGAGCCAGAGGCUAAAACACCUAAGCGAAGCGCGGAUCACUUCAGAAGUAGCGUCAGCCGUGUUUCUGGACUUCGUGCACCUGGCUCAGCACUCCGAGCACCUCAUGAGCGGAACAAGAGCGCCGGUGGAUUGCCUCGCCCUGGCGGUGCCCGCAGCGGCAUUAUGAGCUCCAUCGAAAAGAUGGGCAACCACCGGGGACGAGCUGGCGAGUAA